AUGGAAUCAAGUUACAUUUGCAGCAAUGAAGAGAACAUUAGGCUGGAAUGGGAUCUUCCCCUGCUUCUGUUUCCACCAUUGCUUCUUGAAAAUCUGCUCAAGGGGAAUUUGGGCUAUCUAUGGCACAGGAGAGGAACGACAAGGUUGGAGAACGAAUAUCAGCUCUACAAGAGCUCGUCUCCCCCUAUGGGAAGAGAUGGAGGACUGCACAUCUCAGAAGCAUUGCAUCUGCAAAUGGAUGUUCAAAAGAGUUUACAUGAGCAUUUGGAGGCCCCAUUUCAAAGAUUGCCUCAUCUAUAUGAUGCUCACAUGAUGGAGCAAUGCAAAGGUGCAAGAUUUGGUGAGCUAAGUCCACAUGUUUUUGCAGUUGCAGGUGCUACUUACUGGGUAAUCCUUUUUGUUCUUAUGGCAGGUUACUUGCCUUUUGAAGAAACGAACCUUAUGGCAUUAUAUAAAAAGAUCAUUAAGGUAGAUUUCACUUGUCCCUCAUGGUUCUCUACCAGUGCAAAAAACCUAAUCAAAAGGAUUUUGGACCCUAAUCCUUUAACUAUAUGUACUUUUCCUUUUUGUGCUUUGACACAAGCACCAUGCCUUCAGCUUGUUAGAAUAAAUUGUUGAAAUUGCAGCCAGGUCUCUUUGCAAACAUCUUAUUAUAGAGGAAUGCUAUUGUACACAAAUAGUGGAGCGCACAUGAUGGGCAGUCCAAAUCGUGUGCUUGUCUGCCAUGUGUCCCCUUGGGAACUUGGCUGCAAAUUUUCAUGUGCAAUUAGGCAUUCUAAAUAUGGUGCACUUCACAGUGCAAUAAGAAUUCCACACUCGGAUAUUGCUCAAACUACAUUUUGCUAUUGUUCUUCUUUUAACACAUUUGUGACUGCCAUUUUCAAAAAGCUUGCAUUUGGUAGUUUUCUAUGCUGAAGUUGGGCUAAAAGGCUUUCUUCACAUCAUAAUUAGUUGCAACUUGUUGACAGAUGCAUGAAGUCGUGCGGGAUGUUACAAACUAUUUCCCAAUGGCAAUAAUUAGUGGAAGAUGUCGUGAUAAGGUACUACAGCAAUUAGCUACUUUGCAUGGAAAAUAGGUACAGGCAGGUGUAUUUGUCAUUUUACUUUUUACAGGCUCAUGCUUUUCCAGCCUGGGGUGGUAUGUUUGUCUUAUCUGCUGGUUUGGCUACACAGUUACAUGUUAUUCUGUUAAUUGGAUUUUAUUGGAGAUA